UGGUUAUCCUUUCCUUCGGUUCUGUAAAAAUUGAAACGAUAGUGUAACUUAAUGGGAAUCUAAUUAUUGUAGCAUUUUAAUACUGCAAUAUUUCAGAUUAAAAUGACAUCGUUGAAAGAGGCUGAUAAAGUUACUUGGCUAGCUAGCUAACUAAUAUACCGUAUGCAGCAAGCCAAGUAGACUAACAUUACCGUUUUUCUCCAUAUCCAUGUCUUGGCCAUGCUAGCCCAGUUAGCUUCGCAAGUUCGCGAAAAACCUUGACAGCGAGCUAGUUCAUGGCAUUUCUCUGAACCCAGUUAAGCUCCGUGGAUAGCUAGCUAACUGGCAAGCGUAUUAUUAAUCUAGUGAUUGCUGUGACAUAGCAAAUCCAUAGCGCAAGCUAUUAGUGACAUAAAAUACUAAGUUAACGCUACCCCAACAGAAAUGUAUCGCCUACCGUUAAUCACACAUACUGACUGAGUUACCGUUAGCCAUAUCGUAACUUACUUAGUCAGUGUGAACCAAAAAUAACUUGUUUGCACAGAAUACGAAGUUAGGCAACAUUAAGGUUGGUAAUUCACUUACUCUGGCUCUGACCAGGAUCAAACUUACAAUGUUUUUACUGAACGAGCGCAGUUAGCAAGCAAGAUAAAUUGUGACUUGUUCGCAUGCGCACAUCAUGCUAGGAUAAAUGUUUCCCAAGUGUUUGAACUGGUAACUCAUUUUCCACGUUGGAUCAAGUACGGGGACCAGAAAACCAGAUAUUGCCAUAUCCAAGCAGACAUUGAGAGGUCGCAAACUCGGAUGAAUCGGCACACUUAGCUGCGAGGGUUAGACAGCUGAAUACUUUAGCUGGCUUUUUGGCGUCUGAACGUUUUGUUACGGUUUAAGAGAGGACCCGUUGGCCACAAACUAGCUAGCUAGUAUUAGCAGCCACCGUGUUGUGUUUGCCUGACAUUCACUCUCCAACUAGCUGGCUUGCUAUACCUUAAAGUGCAGCUUGCAGUAUAUCCUUUUUUUGGACAGCGACUGAAUUGAGGGUGAUUUGAAAAGGGGAAAAUGUUAAGCCCUGGCACUACCGGGGACUCACUCCACGUUACUAAUUAUGUGGAAGACUAUUUGGACUUGGUUGAAUCGUUGCCUUUCGACCUACAGAGAAAUGUGUCUCUUAUGAGGGAAAUCGACGCUAAAUAUCAAGAGGUCCUGAAGGAGCUGGAUGAGAUCUAUGAAAAGCACAAGAAGGAGGCUGACCCAGUCCAGAGGAAGCGGCUGACACACUGCCUCCAGAGGGCGCUGAUCCGGAGUCAGGAGCUCGGGGACGAGAAGAUCCAAAUCGUCAGUCAGAUGGUGGAGCUUGUGGAAAAUCGCAGCCGGCAGGUGGAGGGUCACGUGGAGCUCUUUGAAUCGUGCCAGGAGCCGGCAGAGAGCACCGUCACACCAGGGAAGAUGGGUCAGGACAAGAGGAGGGAAGAGGCAGCCAGCUCGGUCGACAAGCCGGGGAGCAAGCGCUCCCGGCGGCAGAAGAACAACGAGAACCGGGAGAACUCCAACAGCAACUUGGACCACAGUGACGAGAUCAGCGUGGGCACUCCCAAGGAAAAGAAGGCCAAAACUUCCAAGAAGAAGAAGCGGUCCAAGGCCAAAGCGGAGAGGGAGCCGUCGCCCGCGGACCUGCCCAUCGACCCCAACGAGCCCACCUACUGUCUGUGCGACCAGGUGUCCUACGGCGAGAUGAUAGGCUGCGACAAUGACGAGUGCCCGAUCGAGUGGUUCCACUUCUCCUGUGUGGCACUCAACCACAAGCCGAAAGGGAAGUGGUACUGCCCCAAAUGCAGAGGGGAGAGCGAGAAAACGAUGGACAAAGCCCUGGAGAAGUCCAAAAAGGAGAGGGCUUACAACAGGUAGUCGUAUACCUGGUCACCUGGACAGGCACAGGGGCAAUGGCGUCUCGGUUUUUUGUUCUGUCCUUCCGAGUGUAAAAGGGCUGUUGUGACUGAAGAUGGAGGCUGGUUAGCAGUGACGAUGGAACCGAAGUUUGACUUGCCUUUAAAGAGCACAGGCUGUUUAGAAAAACGUGGGGAGUGAUGGUCUGUCGAUCAGAAAACGAGCAGGUCUGCAGGCAGCAUGUCCCAAGUGCACGAGGAAUCGGAAAACCUGGGAUCGGAGGGUGGAAAGGCUUAAAGCAAGACUGCCAUCAGCUAGAAUGUUCAUCUGAGCUGAGUGGGUAAAUUAUCUUAAGUGAUUCUUGUGUUCCUGCAAAAAAAGUCUAUUCAGUAAGUGAAUAGCAUGGUGUUAAAACCAUAAUGCAAGGCAGCGGUAAGUCUAUGGUUUUUCUGCCGUAUAGUAUUUCACUGUAUUGAGUGACCCUACACUCACAGUGUAUUUUCAAGCUGGUCACAAUGUGCCACAAGGCAAAUGGAACUCCUCUUAAAAGUAACACAAGACGUGGAAUGCCUGGGAGCAGUUUCCAACAAGACCAGAAUGCAUCAAAGAGCAGUUGGCAUUUUAUUUUUUAUUUUUUUUAGGAAAGUUAUUUUCAUUUUUUUAUGUUGAAUGAAAAGGUGACCAGUGAUUUAUAAAAACCCAGUUGCUUUUUGCACAAAAAGCCUUGACCCAGUUUUAUGUUAGUCUUCCACUUGCUCCUGCUAUUUCUGGCAUAGGUCCUGUGCUGUUUGUCCGUUGAGCUUCUCUGCCCACAGUUCUUCUGUCUUUAAACGGCACUGCACACUUCCCAUUGUUUAGCAAAAAAAAUACAAAGCAAUAACUUGACUGAUACGUUUUUCUUUUCUCAGUUUGUGCAUUUGGCGUCACAGACUGUACAUUGUUCUCAUCCUUGCUGUCAUCAGUAACUGUUACCUGCUUAGACUAUUGCUGCAUUCCUGUUUCAGUCUCACUGGCAUCACAUUUUGAUUUUGACGUCUGAAAUUUACAUUGGCAACAUGGAUAUCCUGAUGCAGUUCCUUAAGUAAGGCUUGCAAUGUGGAAUGUUUAAGAUGGCAAGUUAUUUAUUGCUUUGUUUUGAGUGAAUGUAAAGGCAGACCCAAUACAAACAGAUGUGAGUGGGCCAAGUGUUUUAAUAAAACCAACAUUUAAGUGGUCCUGGGUUUGGCAACUAAAAUACCUGAAGACAUGAUGCAGCAAUAGUUUUGUGUUGAAGUCAUUUGUAAAUAUUUGGGUAAGUGUGACUCUCCUUGCCCAUUAUAUUUCUUUAAAUGUGAAUACCAUUUCUUUUGACCCAUGUACAUCAGAAGAUCCAAAAACAUUUUGAAUGUAGAUAUUGGUACAUGUUAAAAUGUACUGUUGUAUUUGAAGGCCAAUAGGCAGCUUUGUGUAAUGAACGCUUUAGUAUCUCACCAUGAAUAAAAACUGUACAGAAAAACAA